CCUUUUAAUUUCUUCUUGUCAUGUUCUCCAGAUUGUCGCUGAGUUACCCCUUAAAACAUCUUCCUAGAUCCCAGGGAUCAACAAUAUUUGCAUCUAAUAAGAGAUACAUAAUAUCCAGUAUGGACAGCCCUCACAUCAAGCAAGUUGUCAAUGACAUCCUGAGACCACAAGAUGAUAAGCGUCUAUACAGAGGAUUGGAACUUUCUAAUGGGAUGAAAGUGUUAUUAUGUAGUGAUGAAUCAACUGAUAAAUCUUCAGCUGCGAUGGAUGUCCAUAUUGGGCACUUGAUGGACCCCGACGAUAUCCCUGGGUUGGCACAUUUUUGUGAGCACAUGUUAUUCCUUGGCACAAAAGAAUAUCCACAAGAAAAUGAAUACACAAAGUUUUUGAGCGAGCAUAGUGGUAGUGCAAAUGCCUUCACCAGCUCCGAACACACUAACUACUACUUUGAUGUGGCGCCUGAUAACCUGAAGGAAACACUCCAUAGAUUUGCCCAGUUUUUCAUCUGUCCACUUUUUACGGCGACUGCUACCGAAAGAGAAGUGAAUGCCGUGAAUUCUGAGAAUGAUAAGAAUCUUCAGAGUGAUAGCUGGCGGCUGUAUCAACUGGAGAAAGCCACCGCUGAUCCCAAGCAUCCUUUCAGUAAAUUUGGAACGGGUAAUAAAUACACGCUGGAGACAAGGCCUAAGGAGUUGAACCUGGACACUAGAGAUGAGUUGCUCAAGUUUCAUUCCAAGUACUAUUCAUCUAAUUUAAUGGCUCUAGCUGUGCUAGGAAAGGAAUCAUUGGACGAUUUGACUGAGAUGGUGGUUAAUCUUUUCUCCCAGGUGGAGAAUAAAAAUCUUGAGGUGCCCGAAUGGAAGGACCAUCCUUAUGGACCAGACCAAUGCAAGUUGAAGGCCAAUAUUGUUCCAGUUAAAGAUAUUCGAAAUUUGAACAUCACUUGGCCGCUGCCAGACAUGCACAAGCACUACAAAUCUGGGCCUGACAUGUAUCUCGGCCAUCUGAUUGGGCAUGAGGGUCCAGGGAGUCUGCUGUCAGAGCUCAAGGCUCGUGGCUGGGUCAACCUCGUCGUAGCGGGACAGAAAGCUGGUGCCAAGGGAUUCAUGUUCUUCGUUGUCAAUGUGGAUUUGACUGAAGAAGGAAUAGAUCAUGUUGACGACAUAGUGUUGUUGACGUUCCAGUACCUGAACAUGGUAAAGAAAGAAGGGACGCCCGACUGGGUGUUCAAGGAGUGUCAAGAUUUGAACAAUAUGACCUUCAGAUUCAAGGACAAGGAAAAACCAAGAAGUUUCACAUGUAACAGCGCAGGAUCUCUACAUGAUUAUCCACUGAAGGAAGUGAUCAGUGGGCCGUAUCUUUUGUACGAGUUCAAACCGGAAUUAGUGACAAUGCUCCUCGAGAAGCUUACUCCAGAAAAUAUCAGAAUUGCUGUGAUAGGGAAGAAAUUUGAGGGGGAGACCAAGCUGAAAGAGGAAUGGUACGGGACGGAAUAUUCAAUGGAGCCAAUUCCGCAAGUCCUUCUAAAUAAACUGAAUAAUGCUGGAUUCCAUGAGAAUCUCAAGCUGCCUGAAAAGAAUGAGUUCAUACCCACCAACUUUGACCUGUAUCCCAUCGAAGAGAAGGCAGAGAAAAAUCCAGUAAUCUUGAAGGAGACACCCCUAAGCAGACUCUGGUUCAAACAGGAUCAAAAAUUCCUUCUUCCAAAGUGCUGCGUGUGUAUGGUGCUCAGCAGCCCGAUGGCGUUCAUGGACCCAGGAAGUGUCAACCACCUCUACAUGUACACGCAGCUCUUCAAAGAUGCGCUGAAUGAAUACGCAUAUGCAGCCUCCCUGGCUGGUCUGAACUAUUCGUUAGACACUUCAGCUUACGGAAUACUGCUGAGUGUGAGGGGAUACAAUGAUAAACAACACAUCCUGCUGCAGAAAGUCAUUGAGAAAUUCACGUCAUUCGAUAUCGAUCCGAAGCGAUUUCAGAUUCUCAAGGAGGUGUAUGGUCGUGGUUUGAAGAACUUCAAAGCAGAGCAGCCUCAUCAGCAUGCAUUAUACUACACCACUGUGGUUGUGAUGGAACAGAUUUGGACCAAAGAUGAGUUGCUCGAGGCACUGGAAGACAUGACUGUGGAGACUUUGAAAUUAUACAUCAGUAAAUUCCUAUCCAAGCUAUUCAUUGAGAGUCUGGUGUAUGGAAAUGUUGAUAAAGAGCGUGCGUCACAGUUGAUAGACAUAGUGGAGUCUACCCUUACCAAGAAGGCGCAAACUAAACCAUUGUUGCUGAGUCAGCAGAAGAGAUAUCGUGAAGUGCAAUUGCCUUACAAUAGUAACCAUCUGUACCACAGACUUAACGAGGUGCAUAAAAGUUCAGCGUUGGAGAUCUACUACCAGUAUGAAGUGCAGGACACACACACUAACAUGAUCCUGGAACUCUUCUGCCAGAUAAUAUCCGAGGCUUGCUUUGAUGUUCUUCGAACCAAGGAACAAUUAGGUUAUAUUGUUGUGAGUGGUGUGAGACGAGCAAAUGGGGUGCAAGGAUUGAGGGUGCUUGUUCAGUCAGACAAGUCGCCAGCCCAUGUGGAUGAUAGGGUGGAAGCAUUCCUCAAAUACAUAGAGGGUUUUAUCGCAGACAUGUCUGAUGAGGUUUUCAAGAAACACGUGGCAGCCCAUGAAACUCGAAUUCUCGAACAGCCGAAGAAGUUGUCAACACAACAUGCCAAAUACUGGUCAGAAAUAUCUUCAGAGCAAUACAACUUUAAUAGGGAUGAAGUCGAGGUAGAACAUCUUCGAACUCUCACGAAGGCUGAUGUUAUGGAGUUCUAUAAGAGUUAUGUCGCAGCCGAUGCACCAAAGCGGCGCAAGUUAGCUGUGCAUAUCGAAUCGUCAGCCCCAGCUGAUGAGUCUGAUGCAACAAAGACUGAGAAUGACGAGGAGGAUCCUGCCAAGGACGGCAAUAAUCUUUACCCUGUACCAACACUAAAGGAGCCUGUUCAUAUAGAGAAUGUACCAGCCUUCAAGCGUACCCUUGGAUUGUUUCCCCUCCCCAAGCCACACAUGGUUAUAGGCGAGUCCUUCUGUAAGGCAAAGCUCUGAGAAGAACAUGGAGCGUUUUUCGGUCAGGAAACAAAUUCAGACACAAAGUGAAAAUCGAAAGAGAAACUCAAAAUAGAUUACUAGGGUGGCCUUAUGUCCCAAAAUAUCUUAUUUCUGGCAGGGUUGGCGCUGGGAUUUAAUAGGCUAGCCACAGGCAAUAAUUGAGGAAAUAAGUGAAAUUGACACCAACAUUUGUCUCUGUGGCUAAAUGAAAAAUUGAAAAAGAGAAGAAUUUGACACAUUUCUUUCACAUUUCCAGUAUCUGUGGCGAAUUAGAAUUUUGACCCAGCGCAUGCCCUGUCUAGUAUGGACAUGUGGCAGUUUUGACCACUGUUUUUCCAGAAUUUUGAUAACUUUACAUAGUUAUAACUUUACACUGAAGUUUUGAAUGUCUGUAGUUACUUGAAAGUUAAUGGAUAGCCUAUUAGUUUGUGUGUGAUUACAAAAAAAAUAGGCUUGGUUGAUGUAUAAUGAAUGGUAGUUGUUCGGUAAUUGUAACCCUGAAAAUAUUGGUGGCAGUUGAUGAAGCCAAUGGCCUUCAUCUGCUAAAUAAUGGAGCCUGAAAUUGUCGGUGUGGGUCGGGAGUCUUGAAUGCCACACUUUAUACACCUUUCCAGAAAUGGGGCGCCGAGUGUCCAAAAUAGUGAUGUCAUAAGGUGAAACUAGGCCUUAUGGUGGAGGGACAAACGAGAUAGUCAUGGUUGACCAACACACUUGAAUGCCUUUAAUGACGGACAAGGGGGAAAAAGUUAGUUCCAAUGCAAGCCACCAAUUGGGAAGCAUGUAUAUGUGCAGGGCAUUGUUCAAUGCAUUUACUAUAGCGGGGCCUGGUUGGUCAAGUUUUGUCGCUGAUACUGGUAUUUUUUCUUAACUUAUAUAAAGUCUAUUGACCUGGCACCAAGUAAAAUUGGUGCCAGCGUUUGUUACAAAACCAACGCUGGCACCAAACAACUGAGCCCUGAACUGUCUAUAAAUCUUUUUUUAGCUCAGCUGACAAGCUGAGCUAUUCAUAUGAGUAAAUGGUAGAAUGAAUGUCCGUCUGUCUGUCUGUCUGUCUGUCUGUCUGUCUGUCCGUUAAACAGGCACGUUUCAAAACUAUGGCGGAUAGGCGAUUGAUUUUCCCUCUGAGGCAUUGAGACCCUUCAGGACUCCUGAAUAGACCAAAUGUGGGUCCGGCAGGAUGAGCGGUUUGGCCACUAGGUGGCACCGAGCGAAAUUUUCCAAAAACUUUGCCAGCAGCUGAUUUCUCCUAAUUCUUUAAGUUGGGGAUCAUGAAUCAAAUCUAAUCUUAUAGAGCAAAGCUUUCUCUUUCAUUAUCAAUAGGCGUGGUUCAUGAAUUUCUCACCAGGUGGUGUUACUGGCGCAAUUUAGUGAGCACCCCCAAGAGGAGCAUUUUAAAUUUCGCGCGAGUUAUCCCACGUGCAGCGAACGUCACGUCUCGGAGUCUGCGCAGUUCAGACGUAAGGAGACCAUGCUAUGGAAUAGAUCGCGUUCUGUCAAUUCGGAGGUAAGUUCUCAUUAAAUCCACAAUUUCAUAGGCGAUAAUAUUUGGCUGCUUGUGUUAUUGCAUGUUGAUGACAUUAGGGAAGGCUUGGAUUGUUUAAUUGGAUGUGAUUAAUUUGAAAUAGUUCGUCGACGAUCGUUGAAAAACGAUCUGCGAAAUGCAGCUUGGUCUGAGAAACGAUGUCAAAGUCCGGCUUUAAAUCAUGGAUUACUCAACAAAUAACUUGUCACAUAGCAGAACUAAUGUGAAUAAACAAGACAAUAAUAAACAUCGUUCUGAUAUCAUCGGGUAAGGUUGCCAAUGUACAAAAACAGUGUAAUUGAGGAUCCACUCCGGCGAUUUGAAAUGUCAACAAACAGUAAAUGCGAUAGCUGAUACACACUGACACAUGCACACUGUACAUAGCGCAAUGCUUCAAACGGGGCCGAUUCAUCACUCUUAUCACAAUGUAUUCUCAAUGAACUUCCUUGAUCAUUCGGCCCUAGCGCCUUAUCAGUUGUUGUUGGCCUUGUAUUUGAUUUAAAACUUGGCUAGCUCAGCUAUCUAUCAAAAUUAAAAUGUUAUCUCCUCAUCAUGUUUUGCAGGAAUGAUCUGCACUACUGCAGCUGCAUUUGAACAUAUUUGGUGACCACAUCACAGAUGACCAAGAGAGAGGAUCGAGCUAUGACUUUGCACAUCCCAUCGACUUCGGUGUUCACCAGUGCAAUCAUCAGAAGAGCCAUUCAAUUUUAGUAUUCAAGUGUUUCAUUCUGUAAUACUUACCUCAAAAUUGACUCAAUAAAGAAAACCGCAUGUGGCAGUUGGUUAAAAAAAUCAAGUCUAUCUGUUUAAAGUUUUUACUUGCUAUCAACAUUUCAAUGGUGGCAUUCUGCUAAGGUUUGUAAGAGUUUCACUUGACUUAAGCAGGGUGUACACUAGUAAAAUAUUAGCAACAUUUUUACAACAAUUUUGCAACAAGCCCUUCAAGGCCCUGUGUACACUAGCAACAAAAUUGCAACAAAUUAGCAACAUUUUUACAACAUGUUGGUAAAUUGUUGCAAAGUUUUUAGUGGGAACAAAGGGAAAUAGGUAUUUUGGAGGGAAAAUGGAUGAUUCCAAGGAGAGAAGAUGUGUUUUGAGUGCUUCUGCAGCAAUUUUAGCUGUCAUUGUUGAGAGACGGAAGAGGCGGCGAAAUAACCAAAGAGAAUAUGGACCAGGCCCUGGAUCAAAAUGAGGGUAGAUCAUGGGGCAUACCACUGCCUGUUAAAGGAGUUGCGGCUGACUGACAAGCCGUCAUACAAAAACUUCUUGCGAAUGGAUGAAACUUCUAGAAAAGGUUUCAUCACCCUACGAAGCAAGACACUCACUUGAGAGUUGCUAUACCUGCUUCUUGUUCAAGUCACAUGACCUCAGGUAGAUCACAUGACGCAAAUCCUAUUUCUGAUUGGCUGAAGAGUUUGCAACAUUUUUACAACAUGCAACAAAGAAUUGCAUUGCAUUUAAUUUGCAACAAUUUUACAACAAUUUUACAACAAUUUUACAACAAUUUACAACAUGUUGUAAAUGUAAGACGCGUUUUGCUCUGUACACACUACGCAACAUUUUUGCAACAUUUGUUGCAACUGGAAAUGUUGUAAAAAUGUUGCUAAUAUUUUACUAGUGUACACAGGCCUUUAGGCAAUAAUAGAGUUGGGUAGGGCAUUUUGUUAAUGUUACCCUUUUAGUUAGGGAAACUGGUGCCUUCUGCAUUAGGUGGACCCUACUUGCUCAUCUGUCAGACCGGCCUCACACGUUGGCAGUAGAGUUUAAGGUCCAGUCUGCGAGAUUUACCCAUUUCUACCCAGCCAAAAGCGGGUGAUUGGGCUAGUCUCUCCAUGUGAUUCAAUUCGCAUGGAUUCUUGUGUCCUGUGCUGAAAGGCUCCCUCCACAAGGGCAGACUACAUCCGGUGGCACUAAAGUGUGGAAGAAAGACAGAAGACGACCAAUUUGCGAAAAGGAUCAUCAUCAUCAUCAUCAUCAUGGUAACAGCUGAGGAUGAAUCAUGUUGCUGUGUGUAGAAUUGAUGGUCCAAUAUAGGUUAGGUUAUCUGUUUGCGCACACAUUGCAAGGGUGGAGCUUGCUUGAAGUAGAUUGCGCCAGUCUACCGUAAUUCACUGUUACACAUCCAGAAGCUAAUAUCCUUAGGCUUUGAGUCCUUAGUUUAGUAGAGUUUGACGAGUAAUGUAAUAUAUACGAACAACGCAGCAACAACUCAGCUGAGCGCCAGGCCCUUGGGCCUCUUGUUCUGGAUAGCUUUGUCUCGUUUUUUGUUAUGGUUUCUGUCAAAUGUAUCUGAGGGUUCAUGGCUUUGUUUUUCUCAAUUUUGGGCGGAAAUAAUUAAGGGGCUUUCAAGGUGUUCUUCAUGAGGUUGAUCUCCUGCACAUGAUUCUGUUAGCAAAAAUAUAUAAGGCGAGCUUGUACAUUUUUAGCUCAGCUGACUAAGUCAGCCGAGCUUGUCAAAUAAGUUGUUCAGUGGCGUCCGUCUGUCCAUCCAUCCAUCCAUCCAUCCAUCCAUCCAUCCAUCCAUCCAUCCAUCCAUCCAUCCAUCCGUCCAUCCGUUAAACUCAUGGUGCACAUUUUGUAACCGUAAGACCUAGAGACUUCAAUUUUGCAUUUCUGGAUACUUCUGGUAAAACUCUACUUUCAAAACAAAAUUUGUCGCUAUUCGACCUACUUCCUGCGAGCGAGAGUGCAUGAAGGAAACUGGCCUAUAUCGGCCUAGGAGCAGCAGAAUUAGUCGAAAUAUGCUCUAAUAUUAAGAUAAAAUUCUUGAAAAUCUAUUUUAUUGAGAAAAAGUUCAAAAUUUUAACAGGAGAGGGCGCUACCUGCCUUUUAAUUAUUUCUGCCGAUUCAAAUUCCCGCCCGAUGACGUCAGCCAUCAAUGAAGUCUCCUAUUUGCCAGUUCUCAAAACAUGGCAGCAACACAACAAAAGCAGUAGCUCCAGGAAUAAAUCACUGUUCACUUCAGCUUCGUAAUCGAUUGUACCCCCACUUUAUUGUGUUUUGUGUGGUGUUCCUAUUCAAUCAACGAUGUUAGGCCUUAUUAUGUUGGUUUUAAUUGAGAAGGUGCAUUAUAAGCGGCGUGCGAAAUACCGAAGCGGAGACAAAAUGGCGGCAUGUUGUUUACGCCAUGUGCAAUAAUCUUAUUUGGAACUCAAUGACACUCAAGUGCCCAAUUUUCUGCUUAAAAAGGAGUCUGGUAGGCGAUAUUAUCACUAGUUCGUUUCAGUGGUAGUCAUAAGGUCUUUAGGGACUACUUUCAGAAAUUAGUUCUUGAAAAUUUGGCCACAUUUCUGUGAAAACGAUAUCGGAAGUGCAUGCUCUGUUCGCGAUGACAUCGCCGAUGUAUUUUGAAGUGGAGAAUUCCCACAGUAUGUGCAGUGAAUCGGCAUGAUUCUGUUCGCCUAUUAAGUUUUAGUUCUACGAUUCUUUCAUGAGUAAAAAGUAGACAUUCUAAGCAAUACAAUAAUGUCACUCCCAUAAAAAUUGAUUGGAAAUUGAGGGAGCUACGGCAUUCUGUUCGGCAACUGGCAGCGCUGAAAAAAUACAUUGCAUACUGUACAAUACCAAAUGGCACAUUUUAAAAAGCGCUCAUUGGACAACGUAGGGAAUCACCAGAAAUGACGUCAUCGCUGGUCUAAAUAGAAAACUACGGUGGCGCAGUAGAGCACAAGAAAAGGUUUAGCAUUAACUUCGUCAUGCAAGCUUCAGCAACAAAACGAUUUCUCAUGAAUGAUUUAUUUGAUCAUCAUCAGCUUGUUUCCCCUGAUAGAAAAAAAAAAGAUUUACAAUUUCCAUCAAAGUUUUCUAUUUUGUGUAUAGUCACAUGUUAUUUAACUGGCAAGGAGCCAAGCAGUUUUGAAUAUUCGCGGGAAAAUACUUCGUACUUGUAAACGAGGCUAUGACAAUGAGUAUCCUCAUUCAUGGCAUAAACUUCAUGUUUCGGUGAAUAUUUUCAUACGAUGAUUUCACCCGAAUUAUGGUCAGGAUUGAGGAAUGAACAGUGGCAUAAUUAUGUCAACCAAAAACAUUGGUACCGUAGUGAACGCAAAAGGAUAUCAAAUACAUGUACCAUGGAGCAUGCCAUUUUCAUGCAUAAUGAACUAAACACCGGGAAGAUAUAAAAUGAUAUUAACUCAGCUGAGCGCCAGGACCUUGGGCCUCUUGUUGCUAUUAGUAUUAGUCAUGUUAUAUCAACCUGCCUAACACCAAUUGUGUAAAGUGCUGCAGCGUCCAAUAAACAUCAAGUCUGUUUGAUUUUAACCACAGCUGUCUGCAGACAAGUGGGCCUUUUAUCACUCAUUGCAGUAGUAAUCAUAAUUUAGAUACAAACUGAUCUUCUCUGGAGCACGUCAGGCGGUGACCGUCAGUUAUGUCACAGGUCAUAUGGGCUGUGUAGCAUGUCAUAUGGGCUGUGUCGCAGGUCAUAUGGGCUGUGUCAUAGGUCAUAUGGGCUGUGUCACAGGUCAUAAUGGGCUGUGUCACAGGUCA